AUUGACACCAAAGAUGGUGAACAAAAUGAAGAUAGUUCACUCAUGCCGUUAAGCAUCGCAAAAUAUGAUCAGUUCCGGUUUACUUAACAGGGUGUGUCUACCAUAGACACCAAUGCAAUAGCAGCUGGGUUCUGACUUUUAUUGAACCAGAAAACCCCCCAGAAAGAAACAGCGAGUCGGGGGUCUCGCUUCCUUUUCCGUCUCUGAUUCAACAAAUUAAAUGCAUAACUGUCUUACUAGCUUCCUAUCGGUAUCGACCUACGAUGUAAACUAAGGUUUAUAUUUUGUUUAAAGAUAAUAGCUAUGUUGCUUGUGUUAUAGCGUUAGACAGCUAUAAAGCAGAUCUCCUUCUCAAACAGAAGUUCGCAGCAUGUUGGAAUAAUAAACGCGCGGGUAAAGGUUUAAACGUAGUUCCAGUUCCGAUGUGACCAUUGUAGCAAACUAAGACCAAAUAUAUUCUGCUAAAACUAAGCUAGCUAGCUAGGUAACUAGUUGUAGUUUUAGUUUUAUUUGUAGCUAGCUCAACAGCUUACGGGAGAUCAUAUCCAGACGCUUCAGACAAUGCUGGCUACAGGCGCAGCUGCAACCACAGCCUUGGUUCAGGUGGAUCGGGAAAAGAUCUACCAGUGGAUCAACGAGCUGUCUACCCCCGAGACCAGGGAGAAUGCCCUCCUGGAGCUCAGCAAGAAGAGGGAGUCUGUCCCUGACCUUGCACCCAUGCUAUGGCACUCUUGUGGAACCAUUGCUGCCCUCCUGCAGGAAAUUGUGAACAUCUACCCCUCCAUAAACCCACCAACUCUGACAGCCCACCAAUCCAACAGAGUAUGCAAUGCCCUCGCGCUCUUACAGUGUGUCGCCUCCCAUCCAGAGACUCGGUCUGCAUUUUUGGCAGCACACAUUCCUCUCUUCCUCUACCCCUUCCUGCAUACUGUGAGCAAGACACGCCCAUUUGAGUACCUGCGCCUCACCAGCUUAGGAGUCAUAGGUGCUCUGGUCAAAACAGACGAACAGGAGGUGAUCAAUUUCCUGCUCACCACAGAGAUCAUCCCUCUAUGCCUGCGCAUCAUGGAGUCAGGCAGCGAACUCUCCAAAACGGUUGCUACUUUCAUACUCCAAAAAAUUCUGCUGGACGACACCGGGCUGGCAUACAUAUGCCAGACCUAUGAACGCUUCUCUCACGUGGCAAUGAUUCUUGGGAAAAUGGUGCUGCAGCUUUCGAAGGAACCAUCUGCACGUCUGCUGAAACAUGUUGUACGCUGCUACCUUCGCCUCUCUGAUAAUCCAAGAGCGCGAGAAGCACUGCGCCAGUGCCUGCCUGACCAGUUGAAGGAUGCCACAUUCGCCCAGGUGCUAAAGGACGACACCACCACCAAGCGCUGGCUGGCCCAGCUGGUCAAGAACCUGCAGGAGGGCCCGGUGACGGACGGCCGAGGCAUCCCCCUGACCGCACAGUAACCUCAUCAACCCCUUUGACACUACCUGAGGAACAGUACCUUGUUGGCAGAGCCACAGAAGAAAAACAUGAUUAGUACUAAUUUUAAAGUACCCGUGUUAAUAUUUAAGAGUAAAUGUUCUAUAAGAGGUGCAGGUACUCAAAAGAGUAGAAAAUAAUAGGCUCUGGUACUCUGUAGUGGUGUGCGCCUGUCCAAUUUAACCACUGUCCAAGACCAGGAGAAAAUGAUACUGUGUAGAACCAUAAACUCUGUGGCUCACUUGUUGUUGCCGCUCACCUGGCAUUCUCCCUGAGACGUUCUCACAAUGCUUCCUCAAUGCUUAUGGAGGUGUUUGCGUAACAUUUCAACAGGGUUGAACAUUGACUUCAUCAAAAAGGAAAUCAACAUUGGUCUGGUGUUUCCCACUGUUUUUGUUCUGUCCUGAACCAAAACCACUACAGGCAUUUUCUAAGUGUUUUUUUAAAUAUUUGUAUAUAUGUUUUCUUUUAACCAUCUAGAGCAGGGUUCCCUGAAUUUGGCCCACGGGAGAUUUUAUUUGUCCCAAAAAUGUGUGAUUUUAAUGCAUUUUCUUUUUACUGUUGUACAUAAGACUGUAAAAACACCAGUAAAUCAGCUUUAAGUGAAUUGGGAAAUCUGUUCCAAAGUAUUCCCAUGUAUAAUAGAGAUACUGUAUGUGAUGGUAUACAAAUGCAAACAAGGUUUUUAAUAAAUAUUAUAUCUGUUUGGGCUUCUUGCA